CGCUGUCGGACCAGCACCGCCUGUCAUGGCUGGGAGCUAGUUCCCGGCGCUACUGCCUACCUCUCAGGUCUGGGAGCCCUGGACCCGUCGCCAGCGUUCCCAGCUGCUGUGUCACCCAGCUCUGUUGGACUGCAUCCCACUGCCAGUUGUCCUCUUGGCUUGGCACUGCUAAACUGCUCUCUUUCAGAGGGUGCCUUGGUGGAUUGAAUAACCCCAAAUGUUAGUUACCUGUGCUGGACAAAGGAGCAGCAUCACCUUCAGUCCCUCCAGGACCGCGUGGAGCCUGGGCAGCAUGGCAUCCUCCAGCCAGAGGGUGGAGAAGCCAGUGUCCCCAGAACCCCAGGCGGAGCCCGGGCCGGAGCCUGGGCCGGGCCGCGAGCUUCAGUCCUGGCAGUGGCUGGUAUUCUACCUCUGCUUCUACGGCUUCAUGUCCCAGAUGCGGCCCGGGGAGAGCUUCAUCACCCCCUACCUCUUGAGCACUGCUAAGAACUUCACGAAGAAGCAGGUCACCAAUGAGAUCACGCCGGUGCUGUCCUACUCCUACCUGGCCGUGCUGGUGCCCAUGUUCCUGCUGACGGACUACCUGCGCUAUAAGCCGGUGCUGCUUCUGCAGGGCCUGAGCUAUAUCGCUGUGUGGCUGCUGCUGCUGUUUGGCGUCUCCGUGCUGCACAUGCAGUUCAUGGAGUUCUUCUACAGCCUCACCAUGGCCGCCCGCAUAGCCUACUCCUCCUACAUCUUCUCGCUCGUGCGCCCCGCCCAGUAUCAGCGCAUGGCCGGCUACUCCAGGUCCGCAGUGCUCCUGGGCGUCUUCACCAGCUCUGUGCUGGGCCAGCUGCUUGUCACUGUGGGCAAGUUCUCCUUCACCAUGCUCAACUACAUCUCCCUGGCCUUCCUCACCUUCAGCCUGAUCCUCGCCAUGUUCCUGAAGCGCCCCAAGCGCAGCCUCUUUUUCAACCGCAGUGAGCCUGCCCGUGGCGAGGCCUCGCCCUCGGAGCUGGACAAGAUGCACCCUGGCCCUGGCCAGCCCGCGGGCAGGAAGCUCUGCGGGACUCCGCUGGCGGGCUGGAGGGACUGGAUCCUCGUGCGCAUGCUCCGGGAGUUAGGAGCCAGCCUGCGGCUGCCACAGCUGCGCCUCUGGUCCCUCUGGUGGGUCUUUAACUCGGCUGGCUACUAUCUGAUCGUCUUCUAUGUGCACAUCCUGUGGAACGACAUCGACCCCACCAAUGACACCACCAAGGUCUACAACGGUGGCGUGGAUGCCGCCUCCACUCUGCUCGGCGCCAUCACCGCCUUCGCCGCGGGCUUUGUGAAGAUCCAGUGGGCCCUAUGGGCGAAACUGAUCAUCGGAGGCGUGACAGCCGUGCAGGCCGGGCUGAUCUUCCUCAUGCACAAAACGGGCAGCAUCUGGCUGUGCUACAUGGCCUUCGUGCUCUUCCGUGGCUUCUACCAGUUCCUGGUGCCCAUCGCCAUUUUUCAGAUCGCGUCUUCUCUUUCUAAGGAGCUCUGUGCCCUGGUCUUCGGAAUCAACACGUUCCUUGCCAUUGUUCUCAAGACCAUCAUCACCCUCAUCGUUUCCGACAAGCGGGGCCUGGGCCUCCACGUCCGAUCCCAGUUCCUCGUCUACUUUGGGUACUUCGUGGUGCUGUCCAUUGCCUACUUCUUGGGAGCUGUGCUGGGGACCCUGUGGCACUUCCCGAGGAGCCACCACCAGCCCCUGCCCCUGGCCCAGGAGCUAAGGAGCCCCUCGGAGGAGAAAGCUGCUCAGGUGCUGAGCCUGCAGGAUGGGGUCCUCAGCAACCUGCAGCCUGAAGCCACAACCCUGGCCCCGGAGGACGGUGCAUGGACCGCAGGACCAGUCCUGAGGGACCAGCGUGAAGCCAAGGCAUGACCUGCUCUCUCUGCCCAGCUCAGUGAGUGGCCAAAUUCUGACACCAGAGGCAAUCUGCUCUGCAUCCUCCAACAUCCUCACUGAGCCAGGUGCCCUGACAUCUCAGAACUGCCCCAACCCUGACAGGGUGCCGGUCCCUGUGGCCUGGCGCCCUGGCAUCUCAGAACGGUCCACCCCUGGCUGGGUGCCGGUCCUCGGAAUCAGGAAGCUGGGUUUUUGGCAAUGUUUGAAUUCUACUGUUCACAUUAUGGUACCAAUGACCAAUGGGGCCCCUAUGACACACACCUCGAGGGCCACCUGCCUCGGCCAGUGGUGCCUUGGCUUGUCCUGUGGUGUCCCCAAGCCCUGCACCUCUCAGGCCUCACAUCCUGACUACGCUCUGUAGCCUGCUGGGGACACAGGCAGCUGCCGGGCACUGUGGGUUGGGUUGUGUCCCCUGCCUACACAUGGCCAGUGGUGGGGUUCCACAUGCCCACCAGGCCUCCCUGCCUUCACUCCCCUUGGGAGGCAGAUCCCAUUGGUCCCUGGGGACUGGGGAGAUGGCCCCAUGUGCUAGCCCGAGUGACACCAGCCCCUGCAGGCUGUCGUGGGCCCUGUAGGGUGGUGGUGGGGGCCUGGGUUCCCAGGGCUCGUGGCUAAACUGACAUUUCUAGUUGCCCUGGUACUCAUGUUUUAAACAAUGCUGUGCUCCUAUUUUUUUAACUGUCAUGAAUGUGAACCCUACUGGUCCUCUGUUUCUGUGGGAGAAGCUGGUACUGGGGCAGGUAGGCGUUUCCCCACUGGAUGAAAUGGGGGUGCUGCAGUCUUUGGGAGCUGGCUCCUUCUGGGCCCUGGGCCCUGGGCCCUGUCGUCCUUCCCCUUCCUGAUGUGGGUUAACACUGGCCCGCCUCACUGGUGAUGGAGGCCACCUGGGCUGCUCACACACCAGCCCGGAGGACAUGCCUCCUGGGGCUCUAGGAACCAGUCAUGUGGUAAUGUAAGACUUGAAACAUUAAAUAAACCACAUGACCCGAG